CGUGGGAAUGGAUCUGGAGAUAAUCAAAGGAAACAGGGAUAUAUAAAGCUGAGGAUCUGGCAAGGGGUGUCUGGUAGAUCUAGAAUCUAACAUGUACAACGAUCGUAUAGCGGUUUUACAUCACUGAAUAUCAUAUUACCGGUCAAACGAAACCUCAGCUCUCUCUACCUACCCGAUAGUCCUCUUCAAGUGAGAGGAACAAGAAAAUCAUCAAUCAUCACUACCGCCCAUCAUGCUAGGCAAAGUCGCGAUCGAGGAGGCAAUCAAUCCUCCAUCCGAACUGCACAAGCAAGCAGGGAUGAUCUCGCGUGACAUCCAUCCGGACCACGAAGACGAGUAUCGAAAACAAGUAACCAGCAUCGAGGACCGCGAGAGACGCGCUGCUCGAACCGGCGUCGGAUACACGAUCAAUUCACACGUCUCGCCCGGCAUCCAAGCCGAACGCGAUCCAGCCGUCGCAGAGAAACUAGCCGUGGAAAUCAACGAUUGGAUGUACAACCAGAUCAAAGAUCGGCGCGACACACAAGGAGCAUUCGCAGCGCUAUCGAUGCAUGAUCCUGCGAAUGCAGCAAAGGAGCUCCGUCGCUGCGUCACGCAGUACGGAUUCCACGGGGCGUUGCUUAAUAACUGGCAAUUAGCAAAUAACCCCGAUGGAAGCAUCAAGUUCCUCUUCUACGACCAGCCUGAAUACGAUAUCUUCUGGGAAACACUCCAGGAGCUCGACGUACCUCUAUACCUGCACCCAGCACCGCCCGCGGGACCUCUGCAUGAUAUUCAAUAUGCCCAACGUCCGUAUCUGAUGGGGCCGCCGGCAUCAUUCAGUAACGAUGUCAGUCUACAUUUACUCGGUAUGGUGAGCAAUGGCGUCUUCGACCGCUUCCCCAAAGUUCAAGUAAUCCUCGGCCAUCUGGGGGAGCGAAUCGUCUUCGACACAUGGCGCAUCAACCACUGGCUUGAAGACGUGAAGAAGCCGCGUGGUCUGAAUAAGACCUGCAAGAAGACCAUCAGACAGUACUUCCGGGAUAACAUCUGGGUGUCUACCUCGGGAAAUUUCUCCACUACAUCGCUACAGUAUGUGAUAAGUAUCGUUGGUGCGGAUAGGGUUCUUUUUGCGGUGGAUUAUCCACAGGAAGCGUAUGAGGAUGCGUGUGGGUGGUUUGAUAAUGCGGAGAUUAAUCUGAGUGAUAAGUUGAAGAUUGGGAAAGAGAAUGCGAAGAGGCUUUUUAGGUUGGGGAAGUAUAGGGAUUCGGAAUCAGGUUGUGAUUUUUAAUUAAGACACGUUUGAUGGAUGGGGAUGUGUAUGUACAUACUAAGCAUUGAGGGAGGUUUGGAACAUGAGAUGGGAUCUUUAGAUGGUAUAGAAAUAGAACUGCUUCUCAAUUUAGAGGAAUGAAGAUAUACGUAGAAACGGAG